AUGACCAUUUCUUUGGAUUCGAUCGUAACUGUUCUUCAGGCUACAGUCCUGAGCCCUACACUUUGUUGGGCUCCAUUAAUUUUGCGGUCCGGUCUCCAGCUCGCAAUCGAAUCAUAUGAUUUAGGUGUGCAAAAGGUUAUCCAAGCUGCUACAUAUGCAGAAAGCAGUUUUGACAAAAUCCUUUUCACCGUUUUUCUAUAUAUACAGACAAACAUUCUGCCUUGGUCUGCUGGGUGGAAAUGGUACCUAGUUUUUUGUUUUGUGGUGACAGCAUGUUGGGAUAUUCUUGUACUCGAUACCUUUUUGGCCCGGCGACGUGGUGGUCAUGCAACAUUUUUACCAGACCCUAAAAAAGAUGCGGUGGUCGUUACUGGUGGAGGUCUUAAGGAUGGGCUUGGUAGGGCUAUUUCAAAAUGGUUUCAGAAGCGCGGAUUCUUUGUUAUAGUGCUUGAUAUUCAAUGGCAGGAUGAUACAGAAAAAGACGAAUUACUUCCCAAAAUUCAGUUUGCGAAAUGCAACGUUGCAGAAUACGAAGAAGUUGCCAAGGUUUUUAAAGAUGAUUUGAAGAGUUUACUUCCCGAGGGUAUUUUACCCUCUAUUUUAAUCAACAACGCUGGAGUCACUCAUAAUAAGUUUUUGAUAGAUAUUGAUCCUGAAACUGUUAAACGCACAAUUAGUGUUAAUCUUCUUGCCCCUUUUUGGACCUGCAAAGCUCUUUUAAGCCAGGUUUUUGCUUCUGAUACCAAAUACCGUGGAGCUUCAAUAGUUAAUGUUGGAUCAGUUCUUGGAACAAUUGGAUGUCCUGAAUUGACUGCUUACUGUGCGUCAAAAGGCGGCAUCCGUCUAUUUCAUGACUGUCUCCUUCACGAGGUUGGAGAGCCUUACUAUUCUGCCUCUGAUGAGAAACCCCCGGUUAAUGUACUACUUGUGACCCCGGGUCAGCUGGAUACAAGCAUGUUCAAAACAAUUGAUACUCCGUCUACAUUCAUUGCGCCACUAGUGCGAGCCAAUGACUUAGCACAUGAAAUUGGUGCAGCAAUUGUCACUGGUCAAACGGGUGUUCUAAGCAUGCCAUUCUACACGCGUAUCUCGUGGGCUUUUUGGGCACUUCCUAGCUUUAUUACUGAAGGUUUUCGCAAAAUCACAAAAAUGGAUGAUCAAAUGCAAACGUUUGGAAAAAAGCGGUUGAUUGGAAAAUUGAAUUAA